GUGCGCGAUAUGGAAUGGUCGAGUGCCUUCGCAGACUGGCUGUUCAUGGCUGCCACCGUGCAGAAUCUGGAGACUAUAUGCGUGUCGACCAUCAGCGCCGAAGAUGUCGAGCACGUCGAACGUUUGUUGACGGCAGCAGGGCCUUCGCUGCGACGCCUGGAGAUCGGCGUAGCGUCACGCCGUGCGACCAGAAGAAAAAACAAGAGAGUAUCCGAGUGGGAAGGCGACGCAGGCACGUAUCCUCGUCUAGUCCACAACGCCUCGCUCAGCUCGCUAUGUCUCUUUCUGGACACGAGGAGCGACUGGAUUCCUGGGCUCCUCUCCCAGAUAAACUCCCCCUCUGUCCGCGACAUCACCGUGCAACUGCCACGCCUCCGCAAACCGGGCCAAAUGAAGCACAUCCGAUUCGACGCGCUGGACAGCAUCCUGUCGCAGCCGCAGUUCGAUGGUGUCCACCGGCUCGUCGUCGAGUGCGACGGGGGCGUUGGUACGCCGGCCCAGAUGGAUGCAUAUACGGCGGAAGUCUCGACGAGACUCCCGCUCUCGUGCGCGCGCCGGAUCGUUUCCGUACGGCCGCGGAAGGUGUCGGUCACGUCGGCGCCGAAGCCUGUCUUGAGAAAGUCUCGUCUGAAGCAAAGCCGGAACUGUGGGACCCGUGGUGAGCGUAGCGGGGCUAGGACUACGAUUUGUAAUCUUGGGACACUAGGCUGUAUGGACCUUCUGAGCAACCGUGACUGGACAUCGGACGUUGUCGACACACUCGUUUGUAAAACCCAUUGGACUAUCAGGGGACGCUUGCGCGCUGUAUGUAACAAUAGGCUUCGGACCGGUGAUUAGCAAUUCGCCUAUUGUAUAGAUAGUCAUUUCAGAGUAACUGCAGGUGUAUCCACGGGUACGAAUCUACGCGAUGCAUACCUC